GAGCUCAAGACUCUUGCUCACACCGGUGUGGGGAGCUGCUUGGUACCUGUUCUUGCCAGGUGACGUGCCAGUCCUUGAGGAUUUGCUGUCCUGAUUAUAAAGAAUUUUGUCUUCAAAUUUCUCCAUACUCAGGAUCUCUGAUGGGAGGCAAAGACUUUUUGAUUGAAAAUACAGCUCUUAAUGCCUCUUCUGUGCUAACAUGCAGGUUCAGGCAGAAAAUCAAAACCAGUGGCUAUGUUGCUAAGGAUGGAAAAGCCCACUGCAUUUCCCCAUUGCUGUAUGAGACUGGUUUCAUCCCUUUUGAAGUUUCUACAGAUGAUGGGCUGACGUUUCCGUACUCUGGAACUUGGUUAUCAGUACAUCACAGCAAAGUUUCAGAUGGAGAAAAAUGCACGUUGGUAAAUAUGACAAAAUGGCAAUACUACGGCACCCCCAACACUGAUGGAAACUUAACUCUUACCUGGACACACCAGGCACUUGCAGCAACCCACAUCAACAUAGAAGUCUGGGGAUACCAGGAAACAGGUGGCAGUUACUCGGAAAACUGGUUGGCUGAAUGGAAAUAUCUUUAUACUUUGGCAAGAGAAAUCCCCAAUACUGGGAAGUUUUCUUUCAUUCCUGUACCCGCUAAAGGAAAUUACAAUACGUGGGACUUUGGAAUUUUGAGAAUUACACCCAGCAGCUAUUCUGACGGGCAGAGCAACAUUCCAUCAAUCUGGAGCUCAGAGCAUGCGUUGGCUUGGCACCUUGGGAAAGACUUCAGAAAUGACCCAAAUGCAUGGGCAACUGCAAAAUGUAUAGAAUGGGACAGAAAGGAGGAGAAGCUUCCAAACUUCAUGGAAGAAAUUAUAGAUUGCCCUUGCACCUUGGCACAGGCAAGAGCUGACACUGGCAGGUUCCAUACAGAUUAUGGCUGUGACAUUGAAAAGGGAAGCGUGUGUACUUAUCAUCCUGGCGCUGUGCAUUGUGUAAGAGCUGUUCAAGCCAGUCCCCAGUACGCGGCAGGACAGCAGUGUUGCUAUGACUCCACAGGGACCCAAAUCCUCACGCAUGACUCCACAGGAGGCAGCACACCUGAUCGAGGCCAUGACUGGGGUUCACCGCCUUUCAUGAAGCCUCCCCGGAUACCUGGCUUUUCCCAUUGGCUUUAUGAUGUCAUCAGCUUCUAUUACUGCUGCCUGUGGUCUGAUAAUUGUCACUUCUAUAUGAAAAAGCGUCCCUCCAGUGACUGCAGGACGUAUCGCCCGCCUCGAGCUGCAUCUGCUUUUGGGGAUCCUCACUUCCUCACAUUUGAUGGUCUGAACUUCACCUUCAAAGGCCAAGGAGAAUACACAUUGGUAGAGUCUGAUCUCACAUCCCUAAGAGUGCAAGGGAGAACACAGCAGGCACACUUUCCCAAUG